AUGGCGCGGUGACGUCGCUUCCGCUCCUCGGGUUCCCUGUGCAGUGGCGAAGCACGAUGGCGGCGUGCCGGGGUUCUUCCAGAUGGUUCUUCACCCGGGAGCAGCUGGAAAGCACGCCGUCGCGCCGCUGCGGAGUGGAGCCGGACAGGGAGCUCUCCUACCGGCAGCAGGCGGCCAACCUCAUCCAGGACAUGGGCCAGAGACUCAAUGUGUCCCAGCUCACCAUCAACACUGCAAUUGUUUACAUGCACAGAUUUUAUAUGUAUCAUUCUUUCACCAAGUUCCACAGAAACAUAAUUUCUCCCACCGCUUUAUUCCUGGCCGCAAAGGUUGAGGAACAACCACGGAAACUUGAACAUGUCAUUAAAGUGGCACAUGCCUGCUUAAACCCCCAAGAAGCCCCACUGGACACAAAAAGCAAUGCCUACCUCCAGCAAGCUCAGGAGCUGGUGAUACUUGAAACCAUAGUGUUACAGACAUUAGGUUUUGAAAUAACAAUUGAUCAUCCACACACUGAUGUUGUGAAAUGUUCCCAGCUAGUACGAGCGAGCAAGGAUUUGGCACAGACUUCCUAUUUCAUGGCUACCAACAGCCUGCAUCUCACAACCUUCUGCCUGCAGUACAAGCCCACUGUUAUAGCCUGCGUGUGCAUCCACUUGGCUUGUAAAUGGUCCAACUGGGAGAUCCCAGUCUCCACCGAUGGGAAGCACUGGUGGGAGUAUGUGGACCCCACUGUCACACUGGAGCUGCUGGACGAACUGACCCACGAGUUCCUGCAGAUACUGGAGAAGACGCCGAGCAGACUGAAAAGGAUCCGCAACUGGAGGGCCACUCAGGCUGCCAAGAAGCCCAAGAAUGAUGGCCAAGCGUCGGAGAGCUCCUUCCUGGGACCCUCACUGAUCCAAGAUCGGUCCUUGGUGGACGGACUCCCAGGCCUCUCUGCCAACACUGCAUUCCCAAAGGCCACCGCGUCAUUUCCCGUCAGCCUGCCCUCGAACCCAGGUGGCGUGCUCUCUCUGGACAGCCUGGCUGGCAUGCAGAGCUCCGCCUACACCUUCUCUGCUUCCAACAGCUGGCCGCAGGAGCAGGCUCGGCCUGACGUGUACUCCCUCAAACAGGAUGGUCUCGUGCUGCCACAGGGGGUGCCCUUGCCUCUGAACGCCUCCCUGCAGCAGCGGUCUGACCGGGGUGCCGAGUUUCCCCCCGGAAAACACGAACACAAAGCCGGCAAGCAGCAACAGCAGCUGCUGCCGCCCCCUGUUUACACGCCCCCCACGCAGAAGUUGUCCCUGGACAAGUACCGGGAGAAACAUGCGGCUGAGCUGGCAGGGCAGAGGCGGAGGCAGGAGGCGGGCCUGGAUGCCGAGGGCCGCGAUGGAUUCGCCCACCCCACUCUAGCGGACCACCGAAAGCACGGACACUUGCAGCAGGUCCCCGGCUGCAGCUCCACCGGCGUCGACCGGCAUGUGGUCGACAAGCGAGACAAGGCGGCCUCUCUGAAGCUGCGGCUUCCCGUCCCGCCGGCCGAAAAGGCGGUGCCCUGCCCGCCUGCCGUUGGGAAGGAGGAGCUCAAGAUGAAAAUUAGGGUGUCAUCGGAGCGCCACAGCUCCUCGGACGAAAGUGCCAGUCGCGGCAAACAUUCCAGCCCCUUAGUGAGCAAAGAGAAGCACCGGGAGCACAGCACCCACCGACACCACAAGCAUCCCCAACCCCAUCCGCUCAGCGGGAGCGGCCGGGGGGCCCUCGAGGGGUCCCUCCGGAGCCCGGUAGGUGUGAGUGGCGAGAGCGCGGGUUCCGGCUCGUCCCGGAAGAGGCCGCACCCCGAGGGCGCCUCCCACAACCACCACUCCAAAAUGAGCAAAAGUUCGAAAAGCGCAGGUAGUGCCUCUCGUUGUUCCUCUGUACAGCAGUGUGUGUCCUCUGACGGCUCUGUUCUUAACCUACCCUUCCCCCCUCCUCCCCCUGUUGCCUACCAGGUGGGCUACGGACAGCUCAGCACCCUAGUGAAACUGGACAGGAGUCCGGUGGGGAGCCGCGGCCCUGAGGGCUCCGCCCAUGGCCCCGGGGCAAACGGUCAGCACACGGACUACAAAGACACAUUCGAUAUGCUCGAUUCGCUCUUAAGUGCCCAGGGAAUGAACUAGUGAAGGUGGGCGGAGCUGGGGGAUAAAGCAGAACCGACACAGAGUAAAACGCCUCAAGUCUUGAGUUGAGAAGGGCCGAAAAAAUGCUCGACGAGCUCAUCCUUAGGCAGCAUACGAGUCCUGCCUAUUUCAAUAUCCAUAACUGCUGCUUCAUCCCCAAUAGGGAAAUAUGAUGUAAAUGACAUCACGUGAAUAGUAUUAUAAAUACUUUAAAGGCAUGGAAGGUGCAAUCUCACUAUAUACAUAUUUGUGUGUAUAUGUAUAAUUUAAGCAGUAUUUCCACAACUGUAGAUUUCCUGCAAGAAACUGAGGCUACAUCCAAAAUACCAUGAUCCUUUGCUCUGAAGUGGGCGGGAUUGAACUCUUCACUUGAGAGAACGGGGGCACAGGAGUUACUUCUUGGAAUGAGUGACUUUUUUUUUUUUUUUUUUUUUUUUAAAUAAACUUUAUACCGUAUGUAUGUACAAUUUGCAUGUUCCAAUCACAAAGGGAUAAACAGGAAACUGAACUUUACCGCAGUGGAGAUACAAUGUACAUACAUUUUUGUAUGUUAAAGCUAUACCAUAAAUACUCAGGUUCGGAGCUGCUCGGAAGUUUGGCAAAGGACGUGAUGUAUAAAAGACUCGGUGGAGGAGUCCGUCGUAUAGGUGAGUUCCACACGCAGCAUUCCAGCGGCGCAUCUGCAUGGCUGCCAGGAGGAGGCGCGCUACUCGUUCGAACUAGCCAGACCUUACCAGUUGAUAACCUGUGUCAGAGGUCACACAAUAUCCACUUUUUUUUGACCUCCAAGACCUUAAGCUGGAUGCCAAAGGCUGUGCCUCGAAAACUGAAAACGGACAUUUCUAGACCUAUAAAUAAAGUUUACAUAAUAUUUGCUGUGAAGUGCAUUUAAAAUCUAUCUUGGCUUGAUGCAGUAGCCUAGAUCCUAGAUACAGCGCUGUAAAUUGAUAAUGGUUAUGUGGGACUGUUGUGUAUUCAUACAGCAAAAUCAAUGAUUGGGCAAAAGUUAAGUGAAGGUUUUGUGCUGGUUUGUUAUAAAGCAUUUUUAAUUCUUAAUGCAGAUUGUUGUUCAGUCAGUCAGUCAGUCCUUGAUUACUGUGUGCCGAGUUCACAAAUGAAGCCAAGAAAUGUGUUGCCUGUGUUGUGACAUUACUCUUGAAUGCAGGAGCAUUACAGUGAUUUUAAAAAAAAAAAAAACUAGCGCAAAUGUUGACAUCGUUUUACCCUUUAAAUGAUUUAAAUAAACCCUAAAGUUACCACUA